AAAACGCGCCUUUUCCGUUUCUCCUGGCCCCAGAAAUUCAGCAGUCGCAUGCAUUGCAACCAUUGUUUAUAUCUUCUUGAGCUCUUGGUUUAGAGAAACAUUGCGGAGAAAGGAGAAGAAGGGCUGGGAAUUUUCCUUUUUUAUUUCAGCUGCAAUGAUUUAAAACAGCAUGGAUGCGAUCAGAGAGAGGAAUUCAAUGUCAAUAAUUCUAGAGAAUGAUUCUGUCUUUCCGACCCACGAGAAUUAUUCUUCUACUCCAGUAAUUUCAGAGAACACUAAGCCCGAAGGUGUUCAUACAAGAAGGUACUCCAGUGGGGAUAUAACUAUCCCCUACUCUAGAGUGAGGAUUCUUUCCCGCUAUCUCGCAUCUUCAACUGGUUCGUGCCAUGAUUAUUGCAAAUAUGGAAUAAAAAAUGAUUCAGAAACAAAGACAAGCAAUCCCAUAUUAAAGAGGAUCCCAGAAAAGCAAGGCAGGGAGACGAAGAAGACAGUGACUUCAGCAGAAAGACGAAGAACUUUUUCUGUUGUUUGUAUUCCAUCUCCUGGUUCAAAAAGACACGACUCCAGUGUUCCUGUUGUCAUUGGAACAAAAGUUCCAUCAUCAACUAAGAAAAAAAUUGUACUAUCAGAACAGCUUUCAUUACCUGUCAAGAUAAAAGAUGCUGGUGAGAAGAAGGUGUUGGUACGACCAACUCUUUCUUCAUCUGUCAAGAAAGUUGUUUCUGUGAUUCCCAAACAUUCUGUGAAAAGAGUUUCUCAACCGAAGGGCCAAAAUAAAGUUGUAAAAGCAGAAACAGAUACUUAUGAGAACAAAGCUAUGAAACUGUCUCCAAAUGGAACUCUCAAAGCUGGGUUGUCUGCACCUCCUGCUGGGAAGAUCUUGGUGCGCCCUAGAAAAGGAAUUCAUGCUACUCAGCUGCCUCAAUCCACUGAGAAGAAUUUCAUUAGACAUAUUAAGGAUGUAACAACUCGAGUUAGCCGUCGACCACCCUUAUCUUCUUCGGCGUUAUUCAAGUCUUCCCAUAGCAGUGCCUCCUGUGAAUACCAUGAAAGUGAUACUAUGAACACAGUUGCAAACAAACUUCCAUCUAAGACUAGGCCUAGGAAGGGUGGAGUAUUUUGCACUACAGACAGAAAUUCCGCAGCCAUAAAGGAGAGCUUUAGGUCAGGAAAGGUGUUUGAACUUCAUCCUGAAAAUAGCACUUCAAAAAGACUCAAAUUUACGAGAAGAGCUCUUAACGAUGGUCAGAUGGGUGAAGUUGAUACCAGCAAGAACAACCUUAAGAACAAAGAAGUUUGUGAAGGUGAAGCUAAUAUUGCUAAAAGGGAAUCUGAGAAAAUUGUUUUGAGACGCAAAGAUGAGCAAGAAAAGAAAAUUGUGCAGAGUUUGUUAAAUAACAUGAUUGAGGAGACUGCAUGUAAGCUUGUCGAGAACAGGAAGAGUAAGGUGAAAGCUCUGGUCGGUGCUUUCGAAACUGUGAUCUCCCUUCAGGAUUCCACAACCUCGUCAACAUUUUGCGCAUGUUAAAUCUGUACUGAUGCAUGGAAAGCACGAUAGGUGAAAUGGAGGUGACAUGAGAGUGAGAUCACAAGCAUGUGUGAAGUUUGGAAAGGCAAAAUUAUCCAUUUAGUUGAGCAAACUGUGAUGCAAUGGAAGGUCUGUCCUGUUUCUAUUUUUAAUGUUUUCAUAUUUUUCCCCUUAAUUACAUCUUGUUUUGCUUUUAUAUUUAUUUGUAUAGUGUAAGAAUAUUAAAUGUAGAGUACUGUUUCCUUUUUUUUCUCAGAAAAUGUUCUAUAAAAUUUGCUUCUG